AUGGCUUCAAUUUCUCUUCCCCCGCAGCACCGGUCAGGGUUUUCGCAACAUUUUGACUCGCCUCCAUCCCCGAAUCCCAAUCAUAAUCGUCGUCUGACGAUGCCGGCCCCGUUGCCCAAUCCGCCGUUUGUGUUUCCGGCUCGCGAUCCAGAGGAUUCAGAGGCCUCCCACUCGCAACCGGAGACGACGGAGCGUCGGACGCCGCCUGCUCUCCCGGCAUUUUCGUUCAAUCCCGGGGCGGGACCAUCUUUACAGCCUCCGACAGCCCCCAUUCCUCGACCAGGUGGACACAGACGGCGCCCCAGUGAGUUUGUUGGGGGCGAUCAAUUAGUAACUCCAGGGGCCGGAGAAUCUGCGGAUAAACGGGAAGAACCAACAACCCCGACACAGCCCAGUGCUCCAUCUGGUCCACCGGCAGGAAGAGGACCAGGACGACGACAUCAUGCUCAUCGCCGCUCGACCGCAAUCUCCGGAGUCGACCUGAAUGCGAUCAACAAGGCAUUGAACACCAACCCGGCCGCGAGUGCCCCCACUACCCCUGGAGAUCAUACAUUCGAUGACAACACUACUCGGCCACUUUCAUAUUCAGCCACGAGUCUCAGUCGUCCUACGCCGCCGGCAUCACCUCGGUUUCCCCCGGUGCCCCCGGUGCCGCCCAUUCCGUCUGCAAUUCGUAUCGAGCCCGCCCCAAGUAGUGACAAUGGGGAUACAGGACGCCCCGCCUCUGCAGUGUCGUAUGAAUCUUCGCCGAAUGCCCAUUUAGUGAAGUUUGAGCAGCCGGAGCUUCCUGUCCCUGUGCCGCGAGCGACGACACCCAAUCGAAGGUCGAAGCCACGGCCGAAAACUGCCGAUGCAUCUUUGUCCUUUGACCUAUUUCAGAGCAAGGAAGCGCCCCCGGUGCCCGCUGUUAAACGCUCGAAAUCUACCGGUCACUCUCGUUCAAAGAAGAGUAGGUCAACCGGUAAUCUCGAUGCCACACUUGCCAAUCACACGAGUGACGAUGCCCAUUCGACCGAUACAUCUCGCCCUUCAUACUCGGAUGAUGGCUCUGAAAUGAGCGAUACCGAUAAUGAGGCGGAUGCCUGUUCUUCUUCCAAAAAGUCCCGCUCAAAGCAUAAGAAGAAACAGAAGCGUAUUCGCUCAUGGGCUGGUGGUAUUCUGACCCGCGGCAAAGGCAAGCGCCAUGCCAAGGGGGAUGCCGAGGAAAAGCACGAGAAGAAGGCAAAGCCAGCUGCACUGACGCCGCCUACUCUCACACGAACUAACUCGGAGGUUGGAUCGGUUCUGGAGGUUGACUUUGACAAUGACGACGUCGUCGUCCUUCGCACUCCUACUAAUACCGAAGCACCAGUGUCGGCUGCCGAACGUGCUAAAGAUGAAUCGCCUAUGCCGAUGCCUAGUUUGGAAACUUCAUGGAAACCUCGAAGCUUCUACGAACAGAACGUCCAAGGCCAAGACGACGUUUUGAGUAGUCCAAUUAUUGACUUGGACGCUGCCCUUGGUCCGUUUAAUACCCCUGGCGACAACCGGCAGUCUCGAGGCACUCCAAGCAAGUUCUAUCUGGCAUCUCAGCGGAUGUACAGUGGUGGACGACGUGGUGAAUUCGUUGGUCCAGAGAUGCGGUAUCAUCGUCGUACAGAGAGUGCUCCAGUGAUGCCUCCUUUUGACAGGAGCGCUCUUAGUGCCGUUCGUUUGACCGGCCCCUCGGAAAUGGAGACUCCUGAUGUCUUUUACGAGGAGGAUGAGGAUGCAUUCCUGGCGGCAAAUCAAUCUCCCAGGAACGAACUCGCCUCUUCAGCCCCUGCUGAGAGUGCUAUUCCUAUACCGCCAGUAUCUUCAGAUGAGGAUAAAAACUCAGUCGAGAGUGAAGAUACUACGGAUACAUUGACCAAGGCGCCCGAGCCUAGCUCUCCAAAACCUACAGGUCUUGGAAUUCAGCCAACUGAGGAAUCUCCAGCCGCCGAGGUAUCAGGUGUGUUCGGCCAGCGUGCCGCUGUCGACGUCAUGCAAACCACACGCAAUCCGUUUACAGGCCAGCCUCGAAGCCCCGUGGAAAUCCUAAAGUCGGAGGAAUGCGUGUCCAAAGCACUUGGCCCGCCUAGCCCCGACGUCUCCCCGCGCUUCCUAGCUAUUGACAAGCGGCCGGCUACAUCUCCCCAAGAGCUGCUGCCGGGCAUUCCUCUAUUCUCGCUGUCCGCCGGUGUCUCGCCCUCGGAUUCCUCGUUCCCGUCGCCCGAUAUUCCACGGUUCAAUGACCGCAACUUCUCCUCACAUUCCUACCACCACCUUCCAUCAGAAUAUCCGUACGCCUCGGUUGAGGAUGUUCCGUCCCUCACGAGCAGUGCAUCAACCAUGACCAAUACCAUGCAUCGCUUCUCUGGUUCAUUUUUCCCUCGCGCUCGCCUGUCCACCGACCGAGCUGCAUCCUUUUCCGCCGCCGUCAACCGACGUACCAGCCAAGCUACUGCUUCCAAGCGCUCCAGCCUGGCUAGCUUGUCCAAACUCGUCGGACCUAAUCCCGAGCGCAGCAAACUCUACCAAGAAGAGAAGCCUCCUGGGGAUACACUGGAAAAGGCUAAGAAAAAGCGUCGCCUUAGCCGCUUGAUGCAUUUUUGGAAAGUGAAGGACAAGGAGAAGCACACAGAACCGGCCGCGUCCUCUGACCGGUCGAUACAAGAGUAG